GAAUUCUUCGAGAGAAAGAAAUUUAAUGCGAAGACAGCUCAUCGGCACAAAGUGACAACAUCUAGCAGGAAGCAUAGCGAAGAUUUAAAAGCAAUUCAGACUAUUUCAAGCAUUCAUUCGGAUACUUUUACAUUUCAGCAGCCACGUCGACCUCUGAAAGUGCUAGAUCUUGACAAGUUUAGAUCCAAAAGUUCAAUGUUCCGUCCAGAUCUUGACUUGGGUCCGUCUUCGCCGAUCAAAACUCCUUCAAAGUUGCAACGUUUGGAAGCAAGUCAUCACAAACAAGUCGACAGGAAAGUGAAAAGUUCGCAAGAUGAUGGCGAUUUGUUUUUCCCUAAACCAAGUCAAAAAUAUUCCAGGUUAGGUGCAAGCGAUGAGAGCCAUCAUCUUUCAACGCAAUUUAAAUACAGCCAAAGCAAGUUCAAGAUACCCGACGUACCAAGGCGUUCGCAAACAACCAGCACUGAAGGUGAUUUGAUCGAUAACGAAAGGAAAAUAUGGAAUAGAAAAUUAACCGACGAAAUGUUCAAGCACUCUAGACUGCCGAAUAAAAAACAUAAAAUUACUUUUGAACCAUACCGUCAAAGUUAUUGUUCCACCAAGGAUAAAAAUUUUACCACUGAUUUGCUCGGGAUGAAUUUAACACAGGACCAAAGCAAGGUAUCUGGUGAUCCAGGUACAUACGUCCCUGCACAUGUUGUACCAUUUGUUUCUAAAUCAACACCAGUCAAUCCCUUAGGAAAAAACAUGUUCAUCACAGAGGACUUUCAGAUGACACCAGUAAGGAAGUAUCGGAGCGAAGAAAAUCGGAUAUCCAAACUUGGAUUAGGACAUUUACGUGAAAAUAUUGAACUUUCAGACAUGAGUGAUGUCGAACGGCUACCAAAUAUUGAUUCGAAGUUGAGAUCUAACGUUUUUCAAGGAGAAGACUUUAUACAAACACCACUUGUUGAUGAAUUGUCGUCAGAUGAUCUUCCGUUUCAAACACCACCAAAGCUGAAGUUUUAUAGUUCUCAAUAUCCAGUGAAGGAAAAGGAUGAAGUGAAAGACCAAACCAGAUAUUUGGAGGAAGCAAACUUUCAAACUCCAUCACAUAAAUUCACACCAAGGAUGCAAUUGCAAUCUGUUGUAAACCACGAUAAACCUUCAGUUCAGCAGGAUACCGACUGGGCACCUAAUCGGAUGCAUAUGUUGCCUAGCAGUCAGGAGUCGUUUUUGACAACUUUUAACGAUUUCAGAGGUUCUACUAUCCAUCAGAGGUUCAAAAUGGAACAUGCAUCAAUAUCAGAGACGGCUUCUUUUCCAGAGACAACCAGCAAUCAAUAUUCACCUAAAGAAUCGGCUUCUAUCAGUAUUGUUGAAAACCAAACAGAAAAAGAGGAAGAAGUUGAUAAGAAACAGUUCACAAAACAAGGAAAUGGGAUGAUGGAGAUCUUAGAUGAGAUGCAUGAACUCGAAAAACAGGACAAAAUGGACGAAUGGAUGUUGGUAGAUGAAUUUGACAUUCAGCACGAAGAAGAAUCACGAACACAUCAGGUUGAAGAAGAGGUGUUAUUUCCAAGUGAAGACGAAGAGGUAAAGAAUGCCAUGAACGAUAUAUUGACAAGAGUGGUAGAAAAUUGCAGUUAUGACUUCGAGUAUGACAGAUACAACCCGCAAACGGAACUUAACUGUUCCCAACCACCGGUUGAAGGGUCUGAUAAUACAUUAAAGGAAUCGCAUUCCGAGGUCCCUGAAAAACAUAUUUUAAAAUCAGAUGAUUCAAAAGAGAUUAAGGUUUCAGAAUCAUCAUCUCGAACGGAGAGUCACUUCAACAUUGGUGAGACAAGAUAUUGCGAUGCGAGUACAUCAACCAUUGAAAAUGAGACGUGUGAAAAAGCUACACAAUAUUCUCCAAGGAUUAAUAAUGCGCCGGAUUCUUUACAACGUAUACUCUCUAGUUCUCAGUGUCAUCGACAGUUCUCGGUCAAACCAAUCAAACUAAGACAUGAAAAUGUCGAGAGAGAAGAAUCUGUUUUGGAAUCGGGAAAGAACAAUAUAAAUGAAGUAGAAAAUGCGUACUGCUUGAGGUCAAGGAAAAGGACUUAGUCCUUUGUAAAAAAGAUAUUGUUGUCUAUGACUUACCGAGUACAAAAAUAG